AUGCAGGCAAACAGUGUUAAUUCUGUGGCAGCUUCCGAGCCGUCCCGCAAGAAGCACUCUUCGGAGUCAGGAAAGCAGAUAAAUUCAAGGCAGAGGUCUCUUUCAACAACCUUCUCCAUUGGUGAUUUGGAUAAUAUCUCGGCAUUUGCUGGCUUGGCCGAGAUUGCCACCGGCCAUUCCGGUUCUCUGCCAGCUGUUUCUGAUAUCGCUUCUCUAAAGUUGCCAUCAAGGCGAGCCACAGAUCCUACCGGUUUCUCUACUCAGCCUCUCCGUGAUGCUCAUGCUUACUCGCAUUCCUACGGUAAAAAUCAGGCAUUUGCAACUUUGGCUGAUACCCAAACUUUAUCCAUUUCCUCUGCCUUAUCUUCAGCUUCGUCUUCUUCAGCUGAACAACUGCAGUAUUCCCUUUACACUCCGCAUACCUCGAUGGAUUUUGUCUAUCCUCAGACUGCUACUACUCCUGGUGUCUCUCCUUCGCAAUCACUUCAGACGUCUUCAAAAUUAUCCGGUUCAUCAUAUUCUUCCUCGCCCUUCCAAUAUUCACAUCCUAUCUUGUCUAACCCGAGUACAGAUCUUUUAUCUGGACUUUCUCCUGACUCCCUGGCUGAUCCAACUUUUUCUGCAUCCACACAGCAGCAGAAUACUAAUAAACACAUCUAUGAAAGCUUCAACAAUUAUCACGGCUUCAGUCAUUUUUACAGCAAUGAUGUCACUUCGUCGCCAGCUGUUUCGGCAAGCCCUCAACCUCCAGUUGCUUCCUCUUCGAGGGCACCAAUGAUGUAUUCAUAUAGCCUUGGUAGUAUUGGAGAUUCCUCAGGGCCAAUGAAUGCACUGUAUAAUUCUUCACUUUCCAAAUCCUCCAAUAUUAUAACAAAAAAGGAAAGAACCAGAGAAAUGAGCCUAUCAGAUAGCGGAAUCGAUUACAAUGAUCCGGUUAUAAUGAAGCUGCUCAAAUCCAAAAGAAGAAAGAAAUAUGGUGAUUACAAGUGCACACAUUGUAACCAAAUAUUUGCCACCAUCGAAGUGUUUGUUCAGCAUUUGGAUAGGUUCCGGCUAAUUCGGUUUCAGCAGCCUGUGUAUGAUGAUGAGCUUAAUUCAGUAGGCUCUGUACCUUCGUACGUUUCAACUUCCACUAAAGUUAUAUCUUCCGGAAAGGUUACCAGUGUGGCUGGCCAGAAACUUAAUGUUUGCGAUUACAAGGGCUGUGGAAGAAUGUUCAAAAGAAAGGAUUCUUUACGGCGUCAUGAGCGUUUGGUUCAUGAAAAUAAGAAUAGUCGUUUUAAUCAACGGCUCAGACUGCAGCAUAUUAUUCUGGGGGAUGAUUUGGAAGGUAAAUAG